AUGGUGACGCUUCGUAGCCACACAAGAGACAAGACCAGACGCUCGUCUUGGGCUUUUCUACCCCAAGAGGUCCGCCAUCUAAUCCUAGAGGAGAUCUCUCGUCAAAGGAGAUGGGGUUGCGCCUCCGCUGUUUGCAAACAAUGGCAUGCCCUUAUUGCACCGAAGAAUCUCAACCGACUGGAGUUGAACAGAGCAUCCGCCGAGGGCUUGAAAACGAUCAUUCUGCAGAGGCACCUCGUUCACCGACUUUACCUCAACAUUGAGCUCCCUACCUAUACCUAUCGCCGGUCGCUCGAAACCUGGGAGCCCACAAAUCGUAUAACGCUGGAACUGAAUGUAUACUCACCCAGUGACUCAGACCAUUGGUUCAAGAACCAUCUUUACGGAUUCGAAAAUGAAGAUGAUGGACAUCUCCUCGAGAAGCAGAAAACUUGGGAUGAUCCAAAACACGGCUGGGUCAAAGGGAAGCAGGUAGCGCUUCCAAACGCAGCAGCUAUCCUGCAGCUAUUCAAAACAAUCGAUCCAGAAAUCGCGGGCGGCGUGAAAACCCCACAAGUCCUUGCAGUCAAGGGGAUUGUGAUCCGCCGGCAGAUGCGACGUAGAAUCGAUCCGUUGACGCUCUCCCGCCUGCUGAGGCAGUUUCCAAAUGUAGAGAGUAUCAACUACGAGCCGUGGCGGGUUCUGUGCCACUCACUGGAUUUACAUGGCUCGAUUUACGGGCGUCAUGACUUCUUGGCACAGGCUAUGCUUAACCGGCUGCCCCAGCACGUCAGAUCAGUGACUAUUUUCGAAGAUUUCAACGAGCAGAUCAUGGAGGCUAUUCGUAACGACAUGGACCCGACCAGUAUCAAUAUGUUUAUGCAAAUAGAGACCCGCCGACUUACACAACCUGAGCUGGGGAAAGCGUUCGCUGUGAAGAGCCCUGACCUCGAACAUCUUUCUGUGUCGUUUAUGAUCGAUGCUCGAGACUUCUUCAGAUCUUGCAAGAUGCUCAGUGACUGGCCUCGGCUCCGAUCGCUGAUACUCACAACGCCGCUCAUGACGAAAGGGUCUCGGGACCGUAUAUCUGAUUUGCUGGUCAAUGCUUGCGCAGUCAUCUUUCACAAGAACGACAAGGGUGACAGAAAGGGAUAUGGUUCGGCGACUCUGACAUGGCGAGGAACACGCGAUUUCGAUUUCAGUAAAGAGGUGGUUGAGACAUGGCAGGAAGUUGCCUGCGCAUGUAAUUCUCUUCAAGGAUAUUUUGAUCAAUGCGACUCUCGCCAACUCCUAUUCAGGAUCGAGCGAGUGGAGGGCGAGAUCAUCUCUCAUGGCGAUGCCAUCCAUCAUCUCCGUUUGCCUGAUGGUGUGAUUGAUCCUACAUCGCUGAGGCAGAUACGCAAGGAAGGGAUAUUGCAAAAAGAGGCCUGGGCAGUGGAAGCCGAGCCCAGUGGACCUAAGGAAGAUUCAUAA